AUGACUGAGUUAUCCAGAAAAAGUGCGAAGGAGUUUGCAACAACCAUUCUCCCGCUCUACUGUGGCCCGCACGUAAGAAUUCGGAUCGACUUCAGCGAUCAGGAGUAUACAGUCUCUAAAGGGCUUCUCUGUGCAGAAUCGUCCUAUUUCUCAGCAAUUCUCGAAAAGCAUUGUCCCGGAUCCCAGCAGCAGACCGCGACUCUUGACAGAGUGGAAGGCAUUGUCUCAGGACAAAGCGUCGAAGCCCUGAUUCAAUGGUUGUACCUUCGUAUGGUGAUAUUUGAUAUAGAAGACCCUGGGGAUCAGAUCUCAGCUGCCAUAGAGCUUGUAAGGCUCGCUGACAUGUGCAAUGUGAGCGGACUGGAGCCUCAAAUGGCUCGGUAUAUCAAAAAGAUCCUGAUUGCAAAUCCGAACCCUCAAUCCAACCAUUUUUGGAGACACGUGGACACCAACACUUAUUGCCUGACCUCACAGCACAUUGCGGCGGCAUCACUUCUACCUCAGAAGCACCCGGUCCGUCGCAUCUUGGCUGCAGCUUCCGUCGAAGGAUACCUUCGGGAUCAAAACCACAAGUUUGCCGAGGAGACCCAAGAAUAUCCAUCAUUUGGAGCCGAUCUCCUCUGGGAGGUCGGCAUGGCUUUGGAUGAGAUCAAGUCCACCAGCAAGGUCGCAUUCAAGGAUCCUAUCAGUGGUCAGAGGGCGGAGAUCAAGGCGGGUCGGGAGAUGUAA